AUGCGCCAGUUCGACAAUGUCUCGAUAUCGCCAUGGGCAAACCCAUACGCCAGCGCCAGCACAAACACUGGCAAGAACUUCUAUGCUACCGCGACCCAACCACAGACUCAGCCUGUCUACCGCCGCGUAGUUGCACCUACUCCGAAAUUCUCUUACACGGGCAUUGCGCACGUGAUUGAUGAUAAGGGUAGCAAUGAUGAGCAAGCAGAAUCAGGAAGCGCUUCGACGGCACCAGAUGCCUCAGAGCCACUAGCUGUGUCAGAAGCCACACCAGUAGAGGUCACAUCUUCUGCCAUACCAGAAGUGCCUCCCCCAGGGGAACCUUCAGUAACUACAGAUACACCUUUAGCAACAGUCCCCGCAGAAACUAUACCCGAAGACCCACCAACGCAACAAGCAGAGGCUGUCUCCAGUAGUGGAGAUGAUGUUGUGGCAGCCGAAGUCGUGACCGAGGACGUCAAAGAUGAACCUCCGGGACCAAGCGAUGCCACGAACGUCGAAGUACUGCCGCCUCCGCCGGCUUCACAAGUACCGGUGGAGGUUGAACCUGCCGCACCUGAAGCAGGGCCACCAGCACCAGAGGUUUCGCCAGUACUCCCUAGUGAGCCUGUGCCGCCUCCGCCACCAGCGCCACCCGUGGAUGCAACACCUGAGCCUGUAGUCGUUGAGAGUGAGAAGAGUGGUGAGUCCGAGCAGGCCGCUCAAGAGCCCCCGAAAUCCCCAACCGAAAAGUUUGUCCACUUUGCCUCUGACACGAAAGACCCAGACGCCGCAAAAAAGAAGAAACAAUUGGCGUUUGGUAAAGGCAAGGCCACCGCGUUUGUUCGUCCCAGGAAGCCCUCGAUAUCCGUUCCCCCUCCGUCGCCGCCGAAGGAGGAAAAGAAGAAGGUUAUGACCCCAAUCAGCAUCAUCAAAAAGGAGCGCAGGGGUUCGUUGCUCUCAGCAUUGGCAAGUGAGAAACUGAUAUCCAGCAAAGCGGAUGGUAGGAAGUCAAGAGGGAAGAAAUCUAGUAAUGAUGGAAGUCCACCACCAGGUGAUGAUGGGUCGGUCGUAAUUAUUGAUGGAGAUGCACCCCCUUCAGACGUAUCCGAAAGCGUCAUAAUCGAGGAACCCACCGAAGACGCUUCAGAAUCGAUCGUGAGCGAGACCGUACCCCCACCACCACCGCCGAAUGAUACUCUAGCCGUGGUAGAAGAGGUCGCUAUCGGCGAGGACACUAUGGAGGCACAAGAUAAAGCAGUCACGGACAGCCCUCCGGCUGAAGAUAACGUGCCCAUCGUUGCCGAACCCGCUGCUGAUGCCGAACCAUUGUCGGCAGAAACGCCCGUAGAUACUCCUGAGCCAUCUGGUGAUGCAGCACCACAGCCUGACGUUCCUGUCGCCGCUAUUGAAGAUGCUAGUGCUACUGAGCCCGUAACAGAGGAGACUGCCGCGACCGAUCCCGUCACCGAAGAUACCCCUUCCUCCUCGGAAGAGCCGGCAAUGGAUGCGGCUCCCGAAGAACCAGCUUCUACACCAGAGCCACCUGUAGAAGCUUUGGAUGCCACAAGCGAUGAGCCACAACCAUCCAGCGAAGCGGAAUCCGGACAAGAACAAGCUUCAACAGACAGCGGAGACGUGGUCGUGCCAGAAAUAGCAUCUUCAGACGAAGUGAAGCCAGCCGAAGCGGAUAGCUCUGUUGAAGCGACACCAGAGCCAGCAGAAGAACCUGUCGUCGCGGAAGAACCUGUCAUCGCGGAAGAGGAAGCCAGCCUGCCUGCAGUGGAGGAUACACCUACCACUGAGGACUCAGCCGUAGUUGAAGAACCACCCUCUGCUGUGGAAGAGGCGCCGGCUGUCGAAGAACAACCUCCUGCUCCGGAAGAAACACCGGCAGCUAACGAUCCGCCAGCUACCGAAGAGACGUCCGCUGUUGAGGAGGCGGGUGUCGUAGACGAACCACCUGCGGUUGAACAGACAACCACUGCCGAAACGGCACCCUCUGGAGAAGAGACGACGUUUGCAGACGAACAAGCUCCGACUGAAGAAGUACCUGCUGUUGAUGAGACGACUGCUCCUGCAGAGUCGGCCACUACUGAGGAACCAUCCCCCUCCGGAGAUACUUCAGAUACUGAAGAUACCCCCGUUACCGAGAAACCGUCCUCGAUUGAAGUGGCACCGGCUGUUGAGGAGACAGCCGCUGCCGGAGAAGAAGCUUCUCAGGCUGACAAUAUGCCCGAUGCUCCAGACACAGCUGCUGCAGAGGAGACACCAUCCUCUACAGACAGCCCCGCCACUGACGACACCCCAGCUAUUGAAGACUCACCGGCACCCGAAGACACUCCUGCCACAGAGGACACACCGACUGUUGAAGAGACUUCUGCACCUGAAGAACUACCAAAGACUGAAGAAGAAAUCAUUGUCGACGAGUCACCUGCUACUGAAGAGACACCAGCCAGUGAGGCGACUAUUGCCGCUGAAGCGAUAGCUACUUCCGACGAAUUGCCUACUGUUGAGGAGGCACCCACAGCUGAGACACCUGCUGCUGAAGACAUACCUGCUGCUGAAGACAUACCACCUAAUGAGUCUUCUCAGGCUGAGGUAGUAGAAGUUACUGCUGAACCAGAGCCAGAACAGAGUGUUGCCCAAGAACAGCCUUUAGCCGACGAGAAGCAAGAUGUCGAAACAUCUCCUGCAGCGGAUCAAGAGCCUCCGGUUGAGACCUCACCAGCAGCAGAACAGGUCGAUGCUGCACCUCAAAAUACUUUGAAUGAAGGAGAAUCUGAUGGGUCUCAACCCUCGGCUGUUGAAGAUUCUUCCCUAGAACUUCCCACUACUGAAGAAGCUCCGGAGCCUGAGACUGUCACAUCCGACGACCUGCCGGCGACUGAGAAGGAUGACGAAGUUGAAGUUGUAGAUGCUGGAGAACCGGAGGCCAAGCCGCUGACAGAUGUCGCUGAGUCAGAUAAGUCGUGUGCUGAUACCACGGAUGAGUUGCAAGCCGAUGACACGACUGAAACUUCAGUCACAGUAAACGCACCCGUACCUACUCCAGCCGACGACGCUAGCGAGUCUACAACAGCGCCACAAGAAGCGGAUUCUUCAAGUGCUUCUCAGUCGACUGAGGACGACGUACCGACACCUUCACCUGAGGACACCCAAACAACCGAAGUCAUGGCUGAUGUAGCACAAGGCGAGCCUGUUGUAGCGACCGAAGGCACCGCUGAUACUGAAGGUGCCAACAAUGAGCCAGAUGAUAAGGCAAUCAUUGCACCUCUCGAAGUCGUGACAGCGGAGACUGUAGCAAACGAUGAGGACAUGGCGACCGCAGACACUAUGCAAGAUAUUUCCGAUUGGGAGAAAGAUGAAAACGAUGUCAGCGAUAUAGGUAUCUCCGACUGGGAAAUUGACGAUGAUGCUUCAUCGCAGGCUGGUGAGAGCGACACCAACCCUUCUGAGCACCAAGACUUUGAAGACGACAGCAUCGCUCAAGAUACAUCUGAGCCUACACCAGAAACAGAGAAGCCAACAGAUCAGCAGGAACCCGAGGUCGUAGAGCAGGUUCAGCAGAUCGACACUGCAGCCUCUGUUCCGCCUACCGAUGUCGUCGUUGAGGACGAGCAGCCUGCCGGCGACACAUAUACGACUCUUGAACCAGAGGCGUCGGAGCAGAACGAUGCUACGCAACGAGGCCCAGACGAGACACAAGAUGAGGAGCCCUCAACCUCUGACCCAACAGCAGAGCUAUGUGAGCCACCAGAGACGGUCUCUGAAGCUCAUGAAACCGCAAUCGAUCAAGAGCCAAUCCAAGUCGAAGUUGAUUCGCCUAGUCAAGACGAUACUGGAGAUGCAAAGCCCACUACUGGUAGUCAGGAUGUCGUCGACACAGCUGACAAUGUGCCUACACCACAAGAACCCGACACAAGUAUCAGCCAACCAGAUGCAUCAGAGGAGAACACCAUCAGCGAUUCGGGCACGGACGCACCAGAGGAUGCGACUGUACACGAAUCGCCGGCCGCUGAGUUGGAGCCGGCGGUGAAUGGCGAGGCUGCCAAGGACAGCGAGCAAGUCAUAGUCUCGGCUACACCCGAUGACGUGGAGAAUCCAGAUGCAUGCACAGCCGAGACUGAAGCAGCUCUACCCAACCUUGACGAUAAUUUGAACGAACCAUGCGCAAGCAUCCCGGCUGACGCGACAAGCGAAGUCAGCCCAGACCCUGUCUCCAAAGAAGCUGACGUUGAGACGCCGAUUGAACAACCAGCGAUUGAAGAGAACCAUACGGAAGACGCCGUGGGCGAUUCAACUGUUGUUCAAGAUAAUCCUCAAACGACCGAUCAUGAUGUUGUAGUAGCAAACAUUGCGCUAGCAGAAGCCGAACCCUACUCUCCACCAGACAUGCCGACCAAGAAAGCGCCGGAAGUGGUUCCCGAGGACGUUGAGUCCGAUCAGAAUUCGGAGGUUUCAAUGGACGCGAACACUGGACCAUUGCCGGAUGAUGGGUCAGCGAAAGAGCAGGAUUCCGAUGCGGGAAGUGAGUCUGGGUCUGAGUCCGAAGAUGAUAACUGGUCUUCGUCUGAGGUAUCUGCUGCGCCUCCGGCAUCCGAAGUUCCACAAGCCGACGACACGCCUGACUCGGCACCCGCUCAAGAUGAAACAGCCAAUGCCGAAGAUGUUCCGCCGAGUGAGGAUGCUGCUGUCGCUGUUACCGAGCCUGAUGCGCCGCCGGAGGGCCAGUCAAUUGUUGAUGACGAUGCUGGCUCAGAUGACGAGUCUGCUUCGGAGCUUUCCUCAAAAGGCCAUGAAGAGGAACAGAGUACGGUGUCGGUGGAAGAUGCCGCGAACCCUGACGAUGAAGAAGCUGCCGAGAGUCAGGAGCCAUCAGUAGAAUCCGCCCCAGUCACGGAAACGCCUCCAGGGUUAUCGCUCGAAGUAAAUGUCGCAACAUCUGAGAUUAUCCCAGAGGCGGAGUCCCCAGCAUCGGAGGUCGACGACCCAUCUGAUCCCGCUCUCGAAACGGUUUUAGAGGAAGAACAGGCCGGCGAUGAUGAUGCUGGUGCUGUUAUCCAAGAAGAGUCAGCCAAUGACGACUCCUUGGUAUCAACAGAAGGGUCCACUGGGCCUGAAGAAGAGGUAGCAGCAGCUAUGGAAGUGCCCGAGCCGGCUGAUGCACCAGGAGUAGAAGAAGAGGCCUCCCAGGAGGAUGAGGCUCAUAAAGCCUCUCUGGUGAGCGGAUCUGACAGUCAGAGCGAGAUGGGAGAGUCGAUCUCACCACCGGAGGACCUUGUUGACGCCGAGAACGAUGUUACUCAGGCUUCAAUCGACACGGAAGAAACAGACGAUGGCGUACCGGAAGCUGAAGAUUCAAUGAUCGAGGAGGCCGCUAAUGCCGAGGAGCAAGCAUCUGAAGCGGGAGAUGCACCAACGACUGAGCAAGAGGCGGAACAGCCCACCGAAACAGAGACAGCGGAAGCAGUCGCAGAGGAACCUGAAGCGGAGCCAGUAGAACCAGAUGCUGAUAUAGACAACACUGACGAGGCGUCGGCUGACGAGGUCGACGAUACGCAAGAACCGGCGGCGACGCCAGAUGAAGCCCCUGAAGCUGAGCCUGAUGUAGCCGAGGAGGACGAACCCGUCGACCCUGCACCUGUAGAGGAAUCGGUCGAUAUUCAGCCAGCAUCUCCUGUUGAGGACGCACCAGAUUCGCCUGCUGAGGAGGCCAGUUCAGAUGAUGGUUCUGAAGAUGCUGUGGAGGAUCAUGAACCAUCAGCAGUUGAGGUAAGCCAAGAGAAGGAUGCCGAGGCGGAGGAAGCACAAGCCUCACCGGAGCCAGCGCCAGCAGAUGAUACACCACCUGAAGAGGCUGCAGCAGAGGUAGUAGAGGCACCUGCCGAGCCUGCUGAACUAGUGGUAGAAGACGAUAUUGUCGAAGAAGCUGCCGCAGCCGUUCAUGACCCACCUUCCGGCCCAGAACCAGACCAAGUAGCUGAAGAACUCAACGACGACGAAGAGCCGGCACCAGCGCCUUCUGCUGAGCCCGAGGAAGAACAGCCACAGGCACCACCCGAAGAAGCCCCUGUUGAAGAGCAGCCAGAACCCGACUCUACAGCUACCGUUGAAGAGUCCGAGCCACCAGCUGAACCAAUUCCGGAGGAGCCCGUGGAACUAGCUGAGGCGACAGUGGCGCCAGAGCUAACAAAAGAAGCCGAGGAACCCGCUCAACCAGAGCCAGAUGCUACAGCCGAAGUUGUGGUGGAGGACGAUGGUGCAAGGGAUGUGUCGGCACCAGACCCAGAGGCGGAGACGGAAGAAAUUGUAGCGGAUAGGUCCCUCGAUAUUGGUGAAAGUCCGAGCGCACCUCCGCCGCCACCACCUGCCGUUGUUGCUGCAUUGGUCGAUACCACUGAUGAUCAUAUGGUCAAGGAGCGCGAUUUUGCAGUGGAGGACGACCCAUCAGCUGAUACUCCCAGCCGUGAGAAGACUCGUCGCCGAUAUUCGCACUCCCGUCGCGAGAGUCAACACCAGUCUAGCCGUAGACGUGAAAGUGGUGCUAGCACUAGGGAACGACCAACAAUGCCAAUUUCGGCCGUCCCUGAUGUGCCAAGAACAAGACGGCGUGACAGUAUGACUGAGCGCGAAGCUGAGCGAAGAAGAGAAAGACUCCGCGAGGCCGAGAAACCGAGUAGUGGCAGCGACAGAGAGAAGGCAUAUGAGAAGGCAUAUCCAGAAUACCGCUCACGCCAUCGAGAAGCUAGGGGUGAAGAGAGGUACAGCAAGCGCCAACCUGCUGAGGAAGUCGACGAAGAAGCCGAAAGACAGAAACGACGUGAAGUGCGGCGAGCUGAGAGGGCUGAGAGAGAGCGGCUUGCUGCAGCAGACGCUGCCCGCCUGAAGGCUGAGGAGGAAGCGAGAAAGUUGGAGCAUCGUGAGCGACGUCGUGCGGUCAGACGUGCCGAAGAAGAGCUUAUGAGAGCAAUGGAGGAACGUAAGAAGCUGAAAGAGGAGAAGAGGAUUGCAAUGGAAGAAGAGGAGAGACGUCUUCGACAUGAGAAGAGGCGGCAACGACACGAGGCUGAGAAGGAGGCGAGGCGCUUGGAGCAAGAGAAGAUUGAACAGGCUGCGCGCGAAGAAGAAGAGGCACGGAGGUUGCGGCGUCAGAAGAGGGCGGAGCGAGAAGCAGCCAAAGCGGCCGGUUUGAAGCCGAAGGACGAGCUUGUUGAACUUUCUCGCGAUGCUGCUCGACGAGCAGCAGAGGAAGAUGACGACAAUGCUUCACCCCCGCCUCCAUUACAGCCCACCGGCGACGAAACCCCUCCUCGUAGUGCACCGCGCAGACGCUUGAGUACUCGAGAGACUCCACCAAACGUGAAGCGCGGUAGCCUCUUUGGCGGCAUCUUUGGUCGCUCGAAGCCCGAUCCGACCCCACCGAGUUCGAAACCGUCCAGGUCAACUCGCGCUCGCGCAAAUACUCUAGAGACGACGCCUGCCAAGUCAUCGCGAAGAGAACCGGAAGCCGAGCGGCCGUCAAGCAGAGACCAAUCAUCAGACCAAAGCCGAGAACGUCCCGAGCGCAUGCACCGCAGUCGGCGUGCUUCUCACAGUCAACGCCGCUUCGCUUCUGCAGAGGAAGAAGCUGACUACUACAAAUGGAAAGAGGAGCGACGUUAUAUGCGCCGUCCCGAGCACGAAAUGUCUGGUGGGCGGGAUGGAGGGAUUUCUCUUCCGCCGCCGCCUCCGCCACCUGAGGAUCUACCUCCUCCACCUCCUGAGCCUUUCGAAUACGAGCCAGAGCCAGAGCCCGAACCCGUCGAGCAGGCUGGAUCGCCAGUGAUCGAAGACGCAGCUGCAGUCGUCGGUGAACUCUCAAUCUCCGAUGAGGAGAGACGCGAGCGUCGUCGAAGCAGGCGUAUGUCCAAGCCAGAAGAACGCCCAAAGACACGCCGUAUCUCCAUCGUCGAAAAAGAGAGACCAUCCGGUCGUCGGGUAGAGUCUGAUCGGCCCCGCGCUCGAGACCAUGGCGAUGAGCGGUCAAGGCCGAGACGCGGCGAGACUGACCGACGAGACAGGAGGAAGAAGAAAGAAGAGUCAAGCGGCCUUAAAGGGUUGUUUGGAGGGUUGAAGAGGAGAAUUACUUGA